AUGUAUAAGUACUACCUAAAAACGAAUAGUUUCUUUAUAAAAAUCUUCGUAAUUUUACUAAUAGUGCCAGCCUAUAACUCCCAUGCUACGGCAGAGGCAGAUGAGUACUGGAAGAUGAGUGUCAGAGAGAGAGCAGAAGCACUAGGCUUUGGUUAUGAAGAGUAUGAGGUCACUACUGAGGAUGGCUAUAUAUUGACCUUGAUGAGAAUUCCAAAUGGACCUGAAAAUCCAGACGUUACAACUAGCAAAGAACCUAUCUUAUUGUCUCAUCCUUCUUAUGAAACUGCUGAAACGUUUACAAGGCUUGGUGGUGUUUACUCUCCAGCAUUUUAUCUUGCUAACCAAGGCAAGGAUGUGUGGCUGUCUAACCUCCGGGGUAACGCUUACAGCCAAAAGCAUAUUAACUUGAACCCAUUUACUGAUGAUGAUUAUUGGGAAUUUUAUAUGGAUACAGUAAGAUAUGACUAUAUGGCGUUUGUAGAAUUUAUAUUAGAGAAUACAGAUUAUUCACAAGUAGCAAUCGUUGGUCACUCUCUUGGGGGAGCAACAUUAGGAAUUGCUUUAGCGUUGGAACCUGAAUAUUUUGGGCCAAGAAUAUCAUUGGCUAUUUUGAGCGCUCCUGCUUUGAUGAUGGCUCAUUGUCAUUCUCAAUUGGAUGUUAUAUUGGGAGUUUACCCAUGGAUCCUAGAGACUAUAAGAUCCCUAGGAAUAAGUUAUUUUAGUGAAAGCAGCUCUAUAAUCAAACAUUUUUUUUAUCAAUUUUGCUUUCAGAUUCAUCCUCUAUGUACUGGGCUUACAGCUUUGUUAUUUGCUGAAGAAAAUCCAUCUUCCCUCGACAAUGAUUCUAUGGACUUCUUUCUAGCUAGAGCUUUUAAUGGAGUUGGAAUCAGACUGCUACAACACUUAUAUCAGAGUGUUAGGACUUCACAACUAACAUAUUUUGACCAUGGCAUUGAAAAAAAUCUCCAAGUAUAUGGAACAGAAAAUCCUCCUCAGAUUCCUUUGGAGAAUAUAAACACUCCAUUAGCACUUUUGUGGGGUGAAUUUGACGGCACUAUUACUGAUCAGGACGCACAAUGGGUUAGAAGCAAAUUAGAGCAAAAUACUAUUUUUGACCAUACAUAUGAAGGUCAGUCGCAUUUAUCAUUUUUCAUGGGCAACAGCAUUGAAGAGUAUCUUGACGAUAUUAUUGAAUUGAUGUCAGAGUAUCCUGCUGCAAAUCUUAAUGCUUAA